AUCAUUGCGGUAGCAGAGUACACCCCUCUUGUGAGAAAGUUUCAUAUCAAAAAGCCGCUUUCCCGAGUUGAUCAACGUAUCCUAUUUCUCUAAACUAUGGCUUCACAUCAAAAGAAGCAAAAAGAAUCGCGACAACGGCAACUGCCCCAGCCCUCUACAAGGACCGACCAGAGCCUCGAACCUGAUAGAAGGACCCAUCGGGCUACCUCUAUCGAGUCGACAGGCUCCGUUGAGUCUGGUAUUUCACAUUAUCUUCACUAUCAAGACAACUCAUGCUUCUUUGCGCCCGAGUGGUUAGAGGAAACUCCAGCUCGGGGUGAUCAAGAUCAGGAACAUGCUCUGCAGUAGUGAUAAUAGGUUGUUUGAAAAGUUAUCUCGCGUUGAUGUGUGGGAACUCGUAUGUGUCUGUGUCCGUCGAGCAGCAAACCACAUAGGCUGACCUAGGCUUGAUAGAGCAUCAAUAUAAUUUCUCGGAGAAACGCCACCUACGCAACGUGUAAUUAGCAGCCAACGGAUUUUAUAGGUUGGAGGGUUAAUAUCACAAUAAUGUCCAUGCCAUACCCACAGUUUACAGGCACGGCUGGAAUACAAUGAUGAUAAGGGAUCUCAGGUAUUUGAUACUUGAAUGGGUAAAAGAAUACGGAGAGACAGCGCGUCAAUCUACUCUUACGCUGACGGACGACAGAUGCCAUCGUUAGCACGGCGCUAACUACUGCAUGAUUAUGUCGGGCGGCAGUGGCUUGGAAUUGUGUAUGUGGGUGCAUAACAACCACUUCGUUAAGGGAGACAAGUGUUUUAUAACGACUCUGGUAGGAAUAAUUAUCAAGUAU